GAACAAGGAGGCUUUCGAAAAUUCACGCAACUGAAACAGCAGCAUCCACAGCUGAAGCUUAUGGUGGCUGUUGGAGGUUGGGCUGAGGGUGGUUCGAAAUACUCACAAAUGGUAGCGGUGCGUGAGCGGCGGCUGAGUUUCAUACGCAGCGUUGUACAGUUCAUGAAGGAAUACAACUUUGAUGGUUUCGACUUGGACUGGGAGUACCCAGGUGCCACGGAUCGUGGUGGCACUUUCGGUGAUAAGGACAAGUUUUUAUAUUUUGUGGAGGAGCUGCGACGAGCGUUCGAUCGUGAGGGGCGCGGUUGGGAAAUAACAAUGGCUGUACCGGUGGCGAAAUUCAGACUUCAAGAGGGCUAUCAUGUACCCGAGUUGUGCGAGCAGCUAGAUGCUAUACAUGCGAUGACCUAUGACUUGCGCGGCAAUUGGGCCGGAUUUGCGGAUGUGCAUAGUCCGCUUUAUAAACGCAAACACGACCAGUGGGCUUAUGAGAAACUAAAUGUGAAUGACGGCCUUGCAUUGUGGGAAGAAAUGGGUUGUCCCGCAAACAAAUUAGUUGUUGGCGUGCCAUUCUAUGGCCGUACCUACACACUCAGUAGCUCCAACAAGAACUAUAAUAUGGGCACUUAUAUCAACAAAGAGGCAGGUGGUGGAUCGCCAGGUCCUUACACUAACGCUAGUGGAUUCCUCGCCUACUAUGAGAUCUGUACAGAAGUACAAGACGCAGCGAACGGUUGGACUGUCCAGUGGGAUGACCAAGGUAUGGUGCCCUACACCUACAAGGACACACAAUGGGUGGGCUAUGAGAACGAGAAGUCGGUACAAAUCAAAAUGGACUUCAUCAAGCAAAGGGGCUAUGCUGGCGCUAUGACCUGGGCCAUCGACAUGGAUGAUUUCCAUGGUUUGUGUGGCAGCGAGAAUGCGCUGAUGCAAAUUCUCUACGACAAUAUGCACGAUUACACGGUGCCAGAGCCGACGCGCGAGACGACACCGCGGCCCGAGUGGGCUAAACCGCCAGCGACGCCGCCGAAUCCCGAUGAGGCCAGCUUAAUGUCACAAGAUGUCACAACGAAGAGGCCGCACCCGAGCACAACACAAACAACAACAACACCGACGACGACAACGUCGACAAAACGGCCACUUGCCAACGAAACCACAACGACCAAGAAACCCUCAAAGGGCUCUAAGAAACCCAAACCACGACCAAAGCCAAAGCCAACCGUUGCUACUGCAACAACAACCGAAAUAUCAACUACGACCAGCAAUGAAGCUGGUGAAUUGGAGAUUUUCGAGCCCAAGCCAGAGGUCAUUAGCACAACAGGCGCAAAUCAAGUGCCCGACAUUGACUGUACGAAUAAGGAUUUUAUACCGCAUGCAAACUGUCAAAAGUACUAUCGCUGCGUGCAUGGCGAGCCAGUCGAAUUUGAGUGCAAGGAGGGCACAGCUUUCCAUACAAUUUUGAAUGUCUGCGAUUGGAUUGAGAACAGUGACCGUUAUUACUGCACCAAAACAAAGAAGAAGGCAUUGACCAACGAGACAAAAUAAUUUUUGAUUUAUUUAAUGGAAUCAAGUACAGAAAAAAAGUAUUUACUUUGUAGUUUAAUAGAGUUUAUAAGUUAAGAAUUCGAAUAUACUGUGUUUCUUCUAUUUAAGUCGAUUGAGU